AAAAAUUUUCUAUAUAAAAACAAAUUAUAAAGAAAAAACAUCUGACAGAAUUGGAAAAUUUGGAUAAAUUUUUCCAUAAAAAAAAUGUUGGCAAAAUUUUCUUUAAAAAAAAUUAAUAAAAAUAGCCUAUAAAAAUAAAUUUUUGACAAAAUUUCCUAUAAAAAUAAAUUUCUGACAAAAUUUUCUAUAAAAAAAAUAUUUCUGACUAAAUUUUUUUUAAAAAAUGUUUGCCAAAUAUUUUUAUAAAAAAAAAAUUUGAAAAAAAUUAUCCAUAGAAAAAAGGGUUUGAAAAUUUUUCUAUAAAAAAAAUGUUUACAAAAUUUUCUACAGAAAAAAUGCUGGCAUAAAAACAAAUUGUAUACUAAACAUAUUUAAAAACUAAAUUUUAACAAAAUUUUUUGUCUCGAUCCGGAUGUCCCCAUAGGAUUUUCGCGUUCGUCGCCCACGUCCUUAACUCGGACUGCGUCGACCCAUAUGGCUUCGGGUUAACCAAGUUUAUUAAUGCCAGUCCUCUGGCCUUUACUGCAAAAUCGUCUGCUCUUUCAUUCCCCCUUGCUACGCUAUGAUCCGGCACCCAAACGAUGCGCUUUGUGAAAUUCUCAGAGAUGGCGUUAAUCUCCUUCUGAUACUCCAAUACUGUUCGUGACCUUACCGUCUAGGUUGUUAUUGCUCUGAUGGUCAGUUUAGUGCCCGUAAACAGUUUGGUGUCCCAUAAUUUGCCUUGCCGGGCUUGGGUGGAAAUACCACCCUUGCUUCAUUUCAGGCUUUCUGAGUAUAUGCAAGUCCUACUCAUGCUGUGAAAAUAGUGGCCAGAUGGGACGCCAGAUAGUCGGCCUCCUUCUGUAGUAACGCCGUAAAUAUUCUAUUAGGUCCGGGUGACUUAAAUGGUUUGACGCUCCUCAAAGCUUGCUUUACCAUAGAUUCCGUAAUGAUAAUUAUUCCAAUAUUCCAGUAUCUCCGUUAGUCCCGUCGUAUCCUGGGGAAAAUGCGUUUUCAUCAAAAGCCUCAACAUGUCCUCAGCCUAUCUGGUGUCCACUAUUUUCACUGCAUGCCUAGGACUUGGAAAGGGUUUUGCAUAUGGCAUAAGACUGGGCAAGACCCUGUGGUCUCAAUGUUAACCCAGAGAAGACUGAAAUCUGCCUGUUCAAGAGGAAAACGAAGGUGGGUCGAUUUGAGGCACCACAUUCCUCAAUAGAACAAUUUCCAUAUCUGACAAGGUAAAAUUCUUAGGAGUGAUCUUGGACAGUAAACUAAAUUGGAAGUGUGACUUUCAAGAGCGUACUGAGAAGGCUCACAGACACGCGGACACUAUGUAGACACGCAUGGCUCGAAAUGGGCCUUGAAUCCGAGGAUAGUCCACUGGCUCUACAGGAGCGUGAUUAGACCAAUAAUUACUUACGCCUCAGUAUUUUGGUGGACUGCGUUGGAGAAAAGGUGCAAAGUAAGGAUAAUAAAACAAGUUCAGAGAACAUGUGCCUUGACAUAGACGGAGCGACGAGGAUCACGCCCACUGGCGACUAUAGGAAACCCGGAUGGAUAAGAAGAGAUUUCCGAUCGGAAACCUGUUAUGACACACAGCUGCUAGAGGCACAGUCUUGGAUCGACGUAACUCUGUUCUAUUGUCUUACUCACUUGCCUCAGCUUUUGCCAUUUCAGCACCCGGCCCUCAAUUAUGAUGGCAUGGAUCACGAUGUCAUUGUAAUUAAAUCCGAAGAUAUCAGCGAUAAUGAGCACUCCAACAAUGGCGAGGCCAUGGAUGAAGAUGACGAUGAUGAUUGUAUUAGUCCCAAAGAUAUACCGGAAGUAUGUUUGGAAGAAGAGGAUGAAGAGCUAUUUGCUACAGACUUGAGGCAACAACAACAGCAACAGCAGCAGCAACAACAACAGCAGGGUCAAGGACAACAAACACAAAAACAACAGCAACAAACACCCACAUCAACACCCAACAAUUCAACAACAUCACAAAUGAAUGCAACAUCAACUGCAAUGUCAUUACCACAACAGCCCGAAAUUACCAUACAAAAUAUUGGGGGCAUACGAGUGGGCAGUAUAGGAAGUAUAGCCAAUAUGAAGGCCAACUCCCUAAACAACAACAAUGGCAGCAACAAUAAUAAUAAUAACAACAACAAUACCAGUAGCAACAAUUCAGCCUUAAGUAUAACACACGCCAACAAUGCAGGAGUUCCUGCUACAGGGCAGGCUUUGAAUUUGCGCCAGGCCAGCACCGAACAACAAUUGCUUUUAAGCGGCUUGGGCUUAAGUGCGGUAAAUCCUGGAAAUUCUUUGGAUAACAAUCCCAGAAUGCCAACUCUACAGCGAGGCAUACCAGCAUCAACUGUGGGCACCAAUGGCCCACCAAAUGGCACUCUAGCAGCUAAUCACUUACUGCAACAGCCUCCCAAUCUACACAAUCUAUCACAUCAUUCCUCCACCCAACAACUGCUGUUGAAUAUCAAUAGCCUGGCGGCAGGAGCGGCUGCUCAAUAUACACCCAACAAUAAAAGCUAUGGCGGCCAUCAUCCCAGACAAACCUCAACUCCGAAUAGUGUCAGUCACAAAAACUCACAAAACGACUAUGUUAUGUUGGGCAUAGAGGAGAGGAAGCUGAAAAUUGAAUUGCUGAAUGCACAAAUCGACUACUGGAAGAAACUCACCAAGAAGCUGGAUGAGAAUCCUGGCCACUCACCGAAUCCAGCCUGCAUGUGUCAUUUCCCCGGCAAGGCCAAUGGGGUGCAGACACCUUCCUCAACUAGCUAGGAGGAGGAGGAAGCGGAGCCGGAGGAGGUGGAAGAGGAAGAUGUAGCUGAUAUCGAUGAGGCUCAAGAUCCCUACAAUGUGGGCCCUGAUGCUUCGCCGAAUCUUUUAAGGCCUUUAAGUUAUGACACUAUAAGGCUGGAUAAUUGCAAAACCAGCAAUGACCCAGACAACAGCCUAGAGCAGCACAAUCACACUAGGAGCAGCAGUAAAGCUCCAAAAAGAGGCCUGACGUUCAAAGAAAAUACCAAAAAUCUACAAGUAGACAUAAGUCAAACUAUCAAA